AUGUUAAUUGGUAAUUCCCUUUUCCGGUGGUUUCACAUCGUAAAACAUGCCGCAGUCGACAAACGGGCGUUGGAUAUGUUGGAAAACGGGGUAUCGGAUAAAACCUUGAGUGACAGUGCAAGUGACAGGAUAACACGGGAAGAUGGUAAUGGACACCAGUCUAGCCAACUUGAAGCUCGUCAUUAUCACAAAAACAUCAAGACAUUUACAAUCCCAUGCACGUAUACUCGUGUAAUGCGCCUCAUGUCAUUUGACGCGCUAAAAAGAUGGAUGUAUGCUAUAGUAUUGCUGGACAUGACAGCACGUGUAGGUGCUACCAUCUUUGAACUGAGGAAACCGCUCUCGUUUCAUCGGCAGGAAAAUGGAAUCCUCGGGAAGAAGCACGGAAUCAUUGAUCCCCCUGUGCACUAUCUCGACCGAAGGCUGUUGAGUGCGACACCUUUCCGAAACAUCUUUGGUGAAGACCAGGUCACUACAUCACAGCUGGAAUUUUCGAUGAGCUUGUCAUGGCGACGCCAAGCAAUGUUGGAUAUGACGACCUAUCUUGCCCCACUAUGGAAACCCGCGAUGGCGGGGACCAACGGCGUAUCACGGAUCAUGAUUCCGAACGACUACAGAUGUCUUUCAAUGAAAAUGAUAACUGUAAUAUUAGAAGUGGCCGACGGCGUGUUUAGUGGGGCGAGGAAUACCGGGAGAAGGAUUCAAGUACCACGAUUUCCCGCUCCUUGA